GAUGACUAAGUCGAAACCGACUAGCGCAAAGGUUUUAAAAGAAGGCGAAUUUGUCCCUCCUGAUGGAGGGUGGGGAUGGAUGAUCAUAUUCGCGGCUGGAUUUUCUAAUCUAUCCGCGCUGCCCAUGCUCCAGCAAUUCGGGCUACUUUUUCGGGACAAAUUCGCUCGCCUCGGCAUUACCAGCUCACAAACAACAACCAUCAUCAACAUGAAUUCCGCGCUGACGUCUUGCGUCGGGUUAGCAAAUGGUCCUGUGUUUAAAACAUUCAGCUAUCGACAAGUGUCGCUGACUGGAGCCAUUGUGGUGUUUAUAGCUUUGUUGUUGACAACAUUUUCUUUUAACUUCACCACAUAUCUUAUAAGCUUUUCAAUACUAUACGCUUUAAAACUGGAACAAUACCUAAAGGAAACUGAAGAUGAAAAUGAAGCUGAACAAUCAAAGUUCAUUACUAAUAAUAAUCAAACCAUUGAUAAAAUUCUCGAAGAGGAAAAGGAAGAUGAAGAAGAAGACCCUUUAGAAAACCUAACGUUUUGUGAAAAAGUUGCAAUAUUCUUUGAUUUAGAUCUUUUAAAAGAUUUCACAUUUAUCAAUCUAAUGCUUGGAAUAACACUCGCAAAUUUUAACGAAUUAAAUUUUUCAAUUCUUACUCCAUUUAUUUUAGGAGAUUAUGGAAUGACAAAAUCCCAAAUUGCAUUCUUUAUGUCACUUUUGGCCGGAGUGGAUAUUUGUGUGCGCUUUUGCAUACCUUUUGUGGCUGGCAAAAUCGGUUGGGAUAAUAAUUCAUUCUUCUUAUUUGGGGUUAUGUCAAUGGCCAUGGGAAGAGUCGUGUUAGCUUAUUGUCAAGAUUAUACUAUAGUACUCUUGGUCGCUGUUAUGAUUGGUUUCGGGAAGGGUUUACGAACAGUAUUCAUGGCCCUCGUCAUCCCCACUCAUGUUCCGCUCCAAAAACUUCCUGGCGCUACCGGUAUACAACUCUUGACAGCUGGAAUCGUUUAUCUUAGCUUGGGUCCCGUUGUUGGUUGGAUCAAAGACAACACGACUACUGCAGUGACAUUGCAUUGUUUGAACAUUUUCACUUGGCUCACAGCCAUCUCGUGGGGCUUGGAAAAAUAUUACAUCAUACGAAAGCAGAAUGCAAUCGAUGCAGAAACUGUCAAAUCGUGAUAUUACAAUAUUAAAAACUGUAUUAGAUCCAAUAAAAAUAGUUUUAAACGAUGUUUCUUUUCAUUUCCAUUGUUCGGGAUUUUAUGUAAAUGCCAUAAGUGAAUAAUGCCGAAUACGGCCUAUUAACCAAUAAUGUUGAUUAGUGUGGCCA